AUGGAGACGAAAACACAAACCAUCUCGGCCUCACCUCAAAAGAGCCGUAGCAGCAGCAGCACCCCCCUUCGACGCAGAAAAGCCCGUCGAUACCACAAAACCUCGCCCAAGAAACGCACUCCCACCCCCAGAAGCUCUCCCUACCGCUGCUCAAAGUCGCCCCGGAAAGUCCACCAGUCGCCGAUGAGGCCAUGGGGAGGCGAGGACGACGGCGAGCGGCUCGUCCACGGCGCGAUCCUGGACAGCAUGGAGACGGAGAAGAGGCGAUAUCUGGGCAGCCAGCGGUGGAACGGGCUGGAAGAGCGGCUGUUUGAGAUUCUGUUCCUGCGACAGGAGAUCCCGCUCUUGCCGCUGCACUGGGAGGUUGAUUUUCGAGGCGUUCCCGUUUCGGGGGAUUUGUUCUGUUACAGGAGGGGGGUGAAGCCGAUUGUGUAUGCGCACACGACUGGACCUAUAGGCGGAUUUCGAGCAACUUGGGCGCUAUCACGACUCAUUGACCUCACUGCCAACGUCCGCACAAACUGCCAGUCGGGUCUGCGUCGAAAGGUGCCCGAAAUGAUCAAGACAGCCUUGGAUAAGUACCUCAGCUGGGCGGCUGAAGACGGAGGCUACAGCCAUCUGAAGUACACCCCCAAUGUCGCGGUCGAGAUCGUCGAUAGGAACGGCCAAGGUCGUAUGUUGGCGGACUUUGUCGAGACACGCAUGAGAGAGUUGGCACGGGCACACCGAGACUUGCUCGCCAUCAAGACGGAGCAGGGGAGCUAUUCAACUGACAUGGAUGUAGACAUGGAGGUCGAGACGCAAAUCAAGACUGAAGCAGAAGCCUCCGUCGAGCAGCAGCCCGGCGGCGGCAGAAGCAAGUCUUGGAGGACGUUUGGCGCACGGAUGAUGAACAAACUGUUCCAACUACUGCGGCGGCCCGUCAUAAAGCCAGAAUCCCACGGAGAAACAUCCGUCAUUGACAGCGGAGAUGACGAGCCAAAGACGAGACGAGGCAACGACCACGCAAGGGGCAGAGUAUACGUGAAGCGAGAGGAAGAAGCAGAAAUCGCAAUCAAACGGGAACAGUUUGACGAUUCAGACGACGACAUCACAAUGGCAGACAUUCCCAUGGCUUCGACAACAACGCUCCACUCGUCGGCUCCUCCAACAUCAUACACUCGUCCGCCGCCCGUCGUGUUCGGCUUCUUUAUCGUUGCUACCUCUGUCAUUUUACUCACCGCCGACGCUUCAAAGGAAGACGCCGACAUGAAUAUCAACUACCACGUAGACCUGAAUUUCCAAGAAUGCAGACUGGGCGUGUGGAAUGCCUUGACGGUGGCGAUUGCGACGUGUCUUGCGAGAGACGACAUGAUGAAGAGGAUGGGGGACUUUGAGGAGGAGGGAGUUGUCGAAGAGAGUGAUCCGGAUGCUUGA